UACUAACCAUAUCGAGUUGUGGUGAAGCACUGGUCUGUACAGACGAUACGCCAAAGGGAAGGAUUGUGAGAGCAUUCAAGGUUAGGUGAUAUUUUAUCACGGAUUCGACCUAUAAGACGGUUUUGCAUUGACUUGGCGUUCUCCCAAGAGGACUUGAGACGUUGAACAUUCUAGUUUUCGAUUGGUGCGAUCGACCUUAUAUUAGGCCAGCUGUUAAACGAUCCAACAAUGAGGUCGUUUGCUUUUUUCGCAAUCUCAAUACUUGUUGCCAUGGCUUCAGGGUAUGAGGAGCCAUUCCAGCCAUUUCAGAACCCGGGAGAGAUAUUUCCUGGUUUGACCAUUAAAUUCAUGAUCAACGCUGCUGGUGGUAUCUUGCAGAAGGAUCGUUUCAUUGAUUCGAUGGCCUAUGCUUGCAGAGGUGUCCUACCGGUAGUCGGUUCGGCGGUACCUGAAGUGGACCAGUCAAGUCUGGUUUGGGGUUUCGUCUGUGAUAAAGUCAUCGAAGCUUCUGAAGAUCUGGAUGCCUUUGACGCAACGGGAUUCUGUAAUGACAUAAUUACUGAGGUCAAUAGCCUUAUAUCUCAGGACAGUGGCGGAAGAUAUCGCAGACAAGCGGAAUAUAUGGAUGAUUCCCUGGGUAUCCUUGGAAUCCUGAUCAACAUCACCAGAGACCUCUAUGGAAUUGACAUCAACAUGAUCAUCAAUGACCCAUCUACAAUCAACACCAUCUGUACCAACGUCAAGGAGAAUUUCCUGAGGCCAUCUCUUCAAGAUCUCCUCUCUAAGUUUGGGGCUGAACUGAUGAGUGCCUAUCUACCUCGGGCAGCUCCGAUCUGUGCAAACUGGCAAGGCUUCCUUGAAGGUGCAGGCAUCGAUUCCACGUCGCCUUUAUACAGCAUUAUUCAAGAUGGUGCUCGUAUCGGAUCUCAGGUGGUCGGAUAUGACGACAGAGAGGAUCUUUGUCAACAUCUUGAGCAAGCACUAUCGGUGCAAGAAGAUAACAACGCCGCAAGGAGAACGUUCUCCAUGGACAUCAUCUCCGAAAUCUUCGAUACCGUGGAGGAGGCUGACAGAUGUACUUCAUCGGCUAAUGACGCCAUUGACAAUGUCAUCCUGCCCCUUAUACGUGUGAACAUACCCGCCUAUGUGCUUUCGAACGAUGACAUUCUUGCUUAUACCGGCAUUGAUGGUGGAGUGGCAGCUGUUUGUACAGCAAUGGAGAACGCUGUCACGUAUGAAAUAGACCUCCCAGACCCUGUUCCAGUCCAGCUCAUCCCUGAGACCACCCUGACCGUUGAGUUCUUCUUGAAUGCUGUUGGGGGCAUCUGGCAACAAGACCGACUCAUCGACUCCCUUGCCUUUGUGUGUACAGACGUCUUACCUGAGCUGGAAUCGAUGGUACCCGAGUUUAAGUCUUAUGUUAAAGAUUCCUGGGAUUAUGAGCCAGUUUGCGGGAGGAUCCGCGAAGCGGCUAGUAACUUGGAGGCAUUUGACGCGACGGAAUUCUGUAAAGACCUUACCAAGAUAGUCAACGACUUGAUCUACGGCCCGGGAACUGAUGAAAGGGUUCGCAGACAGGAAGACCCAUACAUGUAUAUCCUAGACAUCAUUGCGAAUAUCACCAAAGAACUCUACAACAUCGACAUCAAUGACCCGUCGACCAUCUGUCCAAACAUCGCCCAGUUCCUGGACAGGUCCAUACCUGAUAUCAUAUCGGAAUUCGGUGCUAAGCUGAUGGUUGUCUAUCUACCCAAUAUAGAUGGUAUGCUCUGUGAAGAUUGGGACCAGACACUUGAGUCGUUUGGAGUAAAUUCUACUUCGGCGUGGUACCAGCUUGUCCAGAACGGUGCUCGUAUUGUAUUCCAGGCUGUAGGAUAUGAGAGCAGACAAGCUCUCUGCCAAGAAAUCAACAGAGUACUAGCCAUAACAGGAGAUGAUAACGAAGAGCGUCAGACUUUUGCCAGGAAUAUCAUCGAGAGCAGUUUUGAGAUUUAUACAAACAACGACAGGUGUUCCAUGUACUUCAAUGACGCCAUCGAUGACAUCAUCGAACCAAUCUUUGAGAUUGAAAACCUUCAGAUUAAAAUCAGCGAUUAUACCAUUUAUCGUUACACCGGAUACAUGGGCGUGGAAGGGGUCUGCGAGGCAAUGGAGACAGAUUUCACGAAGCUUUCUACUAGCACUGUAACGAUAACUCUAACGGGCGAGAGUCUAAACGGAGAGAUUCUUGUGUUUACUGAAGAUCUGAAGAACCAGGCGUCUCCUCGCUACAAGAAGCUUGAAACGUUGUACUGUGGAGUGAUAGGGAAUCAUCUGAGGCGGGAGUUAGGAUCAGAGCUUCGAGGUAUGGACUGUGAAGCCACGUCUUUCAGCCCUGGCAGCAUUAUCGCUGAGUUGGAGAUUGAGAUUCAUGCCUACACUCAGGAUGAUGCUGAUUCUCUCGCUGAGGAUGCGGGAGACCUGUCAAUCAGCCGCACUCUCGUCCUCUCAUCCGAAGGGGAUAUCUUGACAGUGUCCUCACUUCAAGGAUCAGGAUCAGAUAGAUAA